UCGGCGGUGAGCUUCUUCCGAGAGGAUCAGCCGCCGGGCCAUGACGACCAACCGACUGGCGGCACGAAGCUGGCCAACGCUGCAGCAAUGUCGACGACAGCCGGUGGCGAGUCCCGCGUGAACUGACCGUCUCUCGUACCGCCGCUGUCCCAGAAUCUGUGGCAGCAGGGGUGCCUUCAAGAUGUCACUGUGCAGCGACCGAUCGUCGCUGGACAGCUCCCUCAAAGCAUUUAUGGCGGAACUUGUCAGAGCGCCAUCUCCUGACAGCGCGUGUGAACAGGACGAACCAUGGAGCCCACUGGCUCAGGUGGCCGGCAAGCCGGGUGCCUCGACGGAAGUCUCCGGCGACGACACCCAGAGCGAGUGCUCCGACGCCAGCAACCAGGCUUUGUCUUCUCCUGCGAGCGCCACCAGAUCCUCGCCCGCGUCCACCAACGAAGAGUACGCCGGUCCCGAGAUCCGUGCCUCGCAGCUUCGGGUGCCUCCUCCGGGCAGGAGCAGCGCACCGGUGAACCAGGACAGCGACGGUGACUCCGGCAUUGACGGUUCGGUGGAACGCUUCUCGCAGAGGGUCGGCUCCACGUCGUCGGCCGACACCGAGCCUUCCUCCUGCAACGACGGACCUGUAGAAAGGCAUCAGCUGCACGAGGAUGCAUCUCCUACCGCCGGCAACGACGGAGGCGCCAGGGCCUCGUUUGCGGCGGGGCCUCCGCGGGUGCACUUCGAUGAAAGCUUGCCAUUCUCGGAGCAGCACAUGCGCCGCUCCUGCAGGCAGCUCAUGGCCGCGCUGUACGCCUCUUCCCCAAAAGGACCUCAGCUGGACCCUCGUUCCGCGGGACGAUACCGCAGUUUCUCCCUGCCUGCGCGUGCGUUCGAAGAGGACGAAUCCUUCAAGAGACUCUCCGUGCCCGCUGCCCGUACACUGCCCUCGAGCUUUGACCUUGAUGGCAGAAGCGCAUCCUCUGGCGUCAAGUUGUCUGUCGCUCCGAUGCUCGACGACGUUUCGACACGUGCGACUACAUGGUCCGGCUCUCGUUGGACGUUGCUUCCGCCGGACUCGUCCCCCGCGUUGUCACUGACCGACUCGAACGACUCUCGUCGACGCGACCACGACGUUCCGGCGCCUGUGCCCAGCGAGCCAUCGACAAACAAGCACCCAGCCUAUUGCAUAUCCGCGACGUUGAAGGGCUCGAAAGGAAUAACCCCGUCGCUGAAAGACUCUGCCAUGCCGGAGAACUCCAAGUACCCUGGCCGCGGUAUUUUGAGCUCUGCGCAGUACGCUAACGAGGCCGUUUUCGUGAAUGGAAACGUUGAACAACCUUCGCACGUCCGGCAGGAGCACAGCCAACUUGGCGCGACGAGCCGCGACUCGGCCUGCGAGAGACCUGGCCGAGAUCAAGGUAUGGUGAACAAUGCGUGUUCAGGGGAAGCUGGCAUUUCAGAGCCAUGGCGUACAGCCAGCGACCUGAGAACCGCCGCCCAGCCUGUCCGUAUGGCGCCCAGGGAAGCCGUCGUCAGCCGGGUGCAGCCGACGCGACCAGUUUCUAGUCACUCGCCGUCGUCACUGUCAGGUGCGAAGCCCAAGACGACGCUGCCGCCUAAGGCACUACCGCUGUCCUUGCCGGCGAUGCCACCCAAAAGCCGUGGUUCUUCUGGUCCGGACACCGGCACCAUGCGCGUGCUGUUCGCGCGCCCCGCGGCCGUCGUCCCGGAGCCCACCUCGCACGCCGAGCAGUCGUCCACUCGCGCCACGCGGUCUCCGAGUGCCGGGCGCUUCCUCUUCGACGCGGCGCGACCGUGCACGCCGCCAGCGGCUUACGGGUCGCGUCUCGCCGACGUUGCCAACAGGACGCCGGAAGUCGCUAACGGAGUCCACGAAUCGCUGUUCAUGAACUGGCCCCAAAACAAGAGCUUCGAUGACCUGGGCCGUGAGCAAAGCCCGCUGCGCAGUCUAUGCGAGGCACCUAGCUGCUUCGCUGCCGACGGCGCAACUUCACCCAAGAGCACGAGCAUGCCAACACUCGUGCACCAGGGAGCCACUCCUAACGGCAGAGGCCCAGCGAAGGUGGUCCAAGGCGGUGUGGAAUACGCCGUGGUGACGCGCAAGCCAUCGUACCAACAUGCGGCACUCUCUCCAAUACCGCGCAUCACCAGCACACCGUGCGUCAUGGACGACUCCGAGCCACCGCUUCCACCGCGCAAGUCCAUGCACAAAAGCGACUACGGUCUGUACUGCGGCCCAGCGUCUUCGAUUAGCUCGCUGAACGGAGGCGCAGCCACACCGAACGGCUCUACGCCGCACAGCCGCUCGUCAUCGCAUGGUGACUCGUCGUCACGCAGCUUGUCGUCGCGCGGCUCUACGCCGCGGCUUCUCGACCGGGUUCAAGGCAUAGGGCGCAGUGCCAGGUCGGCGCUGCUGCGUGCCUUCAGCACCGAGCGCAUCUACCGUCCGCAAAAGACCGAGACGGCCGCGGUUGCCAGAGACCGCCGGCGAGAGUUCCUGGACUCUAACCUCGGAGUCAACCAGGCGACGCCUCUGGCGUCUCCUUCACCCUCGCCUUCGACGUCAUCCUCGGCGUCUUUGAUGUUGGGUCUCAAGGCACGCAUGAGCUUUCGCAAGAGCAAGCGACGACCCCGCGAGGAGCCCACCGGUAUCGAGAUCAACGCAGACAGCGACCCUCUCUGGACCGGUGCUCAGCCGAAACACGUGAGCGCUCAGCUGCUGCAGCAGAACCUCGACGGCACGCAGGUUGUCGAGCUGCGCCGGCCGCCCGGGCGCUCCUUCGGCUUCUUUCUGGCCAGAGGACGAGUGCACACCCACCAUGGCGUUUUCGUCUCCCGCAUGCCUGAUGUCUUGACGCAGCAGCUGUUGCAAGGGCUUCUUGACAUCGGUGAUGAGAUACUCGAGGUCAACGGCACCGAUGUUCGUGAUGCGGACAUUAUGACGGUGAACUCGCUGAUGACUAACCAAAACACACUGCUUCUCACCGUGCUGCCUUACAUCUGCCGAAAAGACAUUUGAUGCGAGACGGGCUGCGACUGAUCCAUCAAACAGAGGCUCUACACUGUCACAUGACACUACAGCUGACCUUAUGCAGUGAAGAAGUUCGCCAUCUGCGGUAUUAGUAUUCGGGCAUGCUUUUUGAAAGGUACAGCUGUGGCUACAUCUGUCUAGAGCAUGCGCGCAGCCAGUUUUCGCUCUGCGGGGCGACGCCUUGCGGCAGUUUUGGCUUCGGACACUGCGUGUUAGGAGCAUGUGUCACCUAGUAGUCAGGCUGAUCACGUCACAGCUCGAAACUGCCUCCAGGCGCCGCCCUGCAGAGCGAAAAUCGGCUGCUCGCGCGCUCUUCAAAGACGUGGCCGGGGCUGAACAAAGGGGUCGAAGUUUGGUACCAAGGUCCCGCAUCUGUUUGAGAUACAUACUGAUUUGGCUGAAGGGAACAUUAGAGCUCGUGGCAGCCGCUCGGUGCUAUUGCCGGCAAGGGGCUUUAACGAGUUCCGCACAGGCUCAGUAAGCAGUGUUCUCGCAUUUCGUGGAUUGUUCAGCUUGCGAAGAUUUGACGUGUGGCAGCACACGAUAUCAGAUGACGAAACAGCUGCCCCUUCACUGAGCUCAUUGCACCUACGCUAAACUCGUUGCAGCUGCUCGCUGGUGGUGGUGCCGAGCGGCCAUCACGUGCUCCGAUGUUUUCUUGACAGUGGACUCUUGUGUACAUGCAGGGUCAUACUGACACUCUGGAUGUGGCUGUGAAACUUUUUCCUCAACUCCUGGCAAUGUUAUUGCACGGAUAAUAUACAUUCCAUUUUUUCUGCCAUCUGCCUUCUGUAAAUCACUUCUUUCAUUAACCUGGCCUAUCCUGUGAACAUGUGUUAUGAAGGCAUGUCCUAUGCAAAAUGUUUUGCUUUAUAUAUUCAAAACAUGUACGUCAUCACUGUUCUCAAUGUUUUAGGCCUUGUUUUUUCAGUUGUACAGCACAUGUUCACCUUAGAACAUGAUAUUUUAUAAACACCUUUACAGUAUUGUACAAUUAUCUCUGAGAAAGUUUAUGUGUCAAAGUAGUUAUCACAAGUGCCUUAUUGUUCUAUCGUGUUAUUGAAUAUUAUUCAGCUGUUUAAUUACAUCUCUAAGUGUUUUCAUGUUGUAUAAAGUAUAUUUAUUGCAUGUUUACACUGAGAACAUAUCUCGUGAAUGUUGUGAACAUAGCAUUAUCGAUGCAAUGCAAAAUAAUGACAAUCUUACACCACCUGCUUAUCCUUGAAAUCAUGAGCAUUUGUCAAAACUUACCUAGUGACAAUACUGUUGUGGAAAUGAAAAUAGUGUUUUAUCAUUUAACUGUCCCCUUGAAAAGAAAACUGACGUAAUUGGUUUCCACGCCACAUGCCUGAAAUUGUUACCUGUUAAUCUAGAAGUUCUGAAAUCUACGAAUAAGACGAGAACGCAAAAUUUCUUUUUUUUGACAAGCACUUGAAUUUUUUUUAGUUGAGAGGGUUGCGCUUAUAAGGGAACACAACUCAAUAUAGAAAUGGAGGUUCACUUUUUCAGGUUGACAGUGCAUGAAAAAUGUGCAGAAAUGAGUACCUUAACUCAGAAUGCUGAAUAUGAUUGGAACCCAGGAAAGCAUUUAUAGUCUAGCUUUUGUUAUUUCCUGAUUGUGGAAAAACACUGGGAAUGAAAUAAAAGCGAGAUCAGUCAACGCAACCAGCCUGAGGCUAUGGUUGGCCUUGAAGCUUUAAUUUUUUUUUUGUCUUUCUUGAAAAACAUACGGCUUGAAAGAAUGGCAGUAAAUAUAUUUCCAAGGUUUUCUGUAACAUGAUUCUACAUGCACUCUUUUAGUGUAGUUUUUGUGGUCUAUGGGUCAGCUUGGUCCUAUGUCAUGUUUCACGCAUACAAUUGAAGUUUGUUCUACACUUCAUUAUAUUGGCUCCUGCAAUGCAGACACUCUUGUAGGCAUACAAGACCAGCUUCUGCACCAGCAAAAGCAGUCAAUAACAGUUUUUUGUGACUACACUGCUUGUUAAGCAGUGGAGACAACUGUGUGAGCUAUAGAGAUCACUUACCUCGAAUAAUGUGUAGAAAGUGCAAAUUCUCACAUAAAGAUCAAUGUGGGAUUGUAAAGGCUGUAAAUGAAGUUGUCUCUACAUAUACUGUGACAUAAAACUCGUGUGCUUUUCAUCUCUAUUUACUAACUUCUGCUAAUUUUUUUAUGUGAUCAUGGCAUAGCUCUUUAUCGAAGUGAAAUUAUUGUGAUGUAAAAUAUAGACCAGAUAAUAUUUCAAGCAACGAUCCACAAGUUGGAAGUGUGAACAUUAUGAAGGUCAGCACAAUUGUACCAUUGCAAUGUAUGUGAUCAAACAUCGAAAAAUGCACUAGUUUUUCUGCACCAUUUCUGUGCCACAUUAAACAGAGUGAGUUUACGUUCAUGUUGACCAUGUGUGAUAGUGCGCAUGUGGUAUCAUUGAACAUCGUUUCAUUUUUUAUGCACUCUUUAUGCUAAUUGUUACAGUAAUAAAAUAAACGGUAUGAUGAGGGCAUGACUGAAAAUUUCAGGCAUUUGCAUUGAAAAGUGGUCCUUUUCUAGCACAGCAGUUCACUGUUGUAGAAUAAGCUGCUGUUUUUGUGACUGUAAGCAGUGGAGUAAAUAACUCCCAUGUACCCUCAGUGUGCAAAAUUUGUUCAUGACUGAAAGGACAUGUGCUGUGUCGGGGCUCUACUAUUAGUUUUGUGUGCAACUAUCAGUGCUUUAAGAUGCUAAUGAAGAAUUGCUGCUGAUUAUUUCUGGUCUUUUAAAUGUCAGCCAAAGCUAUAUGCACAAGACUCAAUUCACUUUAUCACUCUAAGAGUGGAAUUUAAUACGAACACACACUGUUUCAUCUGACACCACGUGUUUACAGAAAAGUUGAGAAUGGCAUAUUGUGUUGUGUGCCCGCUGGGAAAUGUUCAGGGGCAUGUGCUUAAAUAAGGUUAGGUCACUGGUACUUUCACUUCAUUGUCAGCUCAUACAGCCACUGCUGUGUCUGAUGAACUAUUUGGCAACGAGUUGUUACUCAUUUGUUUUACCAACUUGGAAAGCGCAGACAUUUUCUUGGUGUUGUGUGCAUUUUCUGGCUUACAGGAUGUUCACAGGAGAUCUGGACAGACGUGUGUAACAGCGACUGUCCUCUGUACAAUUUUUUUCUUAAAGGCGCGUAGUUUUGAACCAGCGGGUACAGGUUGGUGCUGUAUGUUGACAGGCUUAGUAGCAUUGCUUGUGUGAAAUAAAGGCUAAUAAUUUGUCAAAGUUUUAAAGAAUUUGUCCAAAAACAGCACUUUACAUAACAUCCUUCUUAAGGAAGUUUUCUUCCUGGCAAGUCUGUAAGGCUCGUAAAAUCAAUGGAACGAAGAGUUUAACCGGAAAAAAAUGGUACAUUAUUGUGACCAAUGCAGCUGAAGGGAUAGUCCGAAUCGUAAGUGUAAAGGCUAAGUAGAAUGUCCUAGGUGAUGUGUUUAUCUUUGGGAUUGUGAACCCUGUGUGCCUUUUAAAUGUGAAGCCAUACAGUUGAGCAAGACAGUAUGAAAUUGCUAUGCGUUUGAUGUGUCUUGUUUGUGUUGUCAUAAGCGUACAACCACUGUUGUGCAGCUAGAUUAACUUAUCUGAUGGACUGACACUGACAGGUCAAUACAGUGUGUUUGAAUGCACUCUGCAAUAUUAACGGAUUUUAUACCUAAUACAUAAAAUUUAAUCUCCCAAUAAUAAAGUACUCUUCUUUAGCAAAA